AUGACCUAUUUUCCCAGCACCCUCUUUGAGCAACCAACUUCCUCCUCCUCAGAGUUCGGCUGUGCACGCACUACAGACAAGGUGAAGUCACUCACACAGAGAAGGACAAGAGGCAGAGACAGAGAGAAAGAAAGAGACCGGUUGGACACAGAGGUCUUUGUGAGCAGUCCAGCUGGGCAGAUUCCAUCUGAAGUCCUCCUCCGACAGCGGCCCAGAGGAAAGGCUCAGGUAUCUCUGCCUGCCCCCUCCUGGCGGUCGGGUGCUGCGAAAAACUUGAGCAGUAGUGAUGAAGAGGAGGAGGUAGAGGUGCAAGUGAGGUUGGAGAUCCACAGCCCACCAGCGGAAGCACAAAGAGAGCAAGUGUUCCCAGGGGGAGUGGAAACUGAAGAAGAAAGGUCAGAAAGAAAUGAGGACCAUGUCAGUUCUCCAACAAGCCAGCCACGUGUGCUCCAGGAGGGUACGAGUCUGGAGAGUCUUCUGUCUGAUAACUCAAGCAGCAGUAAGGAUGAUCCUUCCUCUCCUUCUCCUCUACCGGUGCUCUCAUCCUCUCCUGCCACCUCCUCUCCUUCUACAACAUCCUUCUCGUCUUCCACCACAUCUUUCACACCAACCAGACGCUGGGCGCCACCCAAGGGUUUCUGGAGAGUUGCACGCCCGGAAACAUUGCUUUUAAAUGGCGUUGGCCCUAACAACAUGCCCUCCACUUUACCUUUGAAGGACUACACUCAGACAGUAGCACUGGCAGAGCCUCAGAAGAGGUCGAAACCAGCUGAAACAGGCGCCCAGGGUGAUGUGGGAAGCGCGGUGGAUGACAGCGAUGCAUCCUCAGAGUUCAAACACUCGGACAGCGUGGAGUGCUACCUGGACAGGUGUGAGCAAAAUGAGGCAGGUUGCAAAGGACUGUGCAGUUCAGACAGCUGGGAGGGCAUGUCUUCACAAAUUGGGGUACACUCGGCUGAGGAGAAACUAAAGGUGAAGCAGAGGGCUUAUGCAAAGUUAAGGGACAGACAGCAGAACUUCAGGGAGGAGAGAGAGCGGAGUGAAGACACGACAAGCAGAGUGGACUGUAACGUCGCAGGUGCCCAUGGGGUUUUGGACUGCUCAGACUCAGCCAUUCUUGCUCAGGAACUUGAACCCUAUUUGAGGUCACUUCUUGUAAUCAGUGAUGAGCUUCCUCUGAGCCCAAGACAUGAGCAGGCCAAGCUUCUCCUGGAGCGAGCGCGACUCAAGGCUCGCUGCAAUCACAUUAAAGGUGAUCGCCCCUGCAGACGCUCCCAUUCUGAUCAGCGAUCCACAAAAAAGCAGCAAGUUGAGUCUCCCAAUCCAACACCUGUGCAGAAAGCUGUUCAAACAGAAGAAGAUCUUACAGCACAGAGUGCACCAGGUCCCCUCCUCGUCCCCAACCAAAGGGACACUUCCCCCCAGGGUGGUCGAUCCAGACGAUAUGGUUGUUCACCCACACGGGUACGCUUCGAGGAUGAAUCAGAAAAAGAAGCAGAGUCUCGGUAUUUGGACAGAGUAAGACAGCGCGGAAGGCCCGGAACGCCCAAGUCCAAGAGCAAAGAAAGUAAUACAGAUUCUAGCAGCAGUGGUUCAGAGAGGAGCAGAAGUGUCUCACAUAGAAGUGUCUCCAUGCCUCCUUCACAGAAGCAAGAAGAUGUGGUUGUCAAUGGUGACCCCAAAACAGUGAUUAAAGAGAUUAUAGUGCUGGUGAAGAAAUGUGAGGCAUGUGGCUCUGUAGUCAGGGAACCUCAGCCAGUCUCAUCACUGACAGAUCCACAGAACACUGAGCUGCAGCAGCAGGGCAACCCUGAGGACCCACGGGGAAAAGGGGUUCCUCACUGGGUGCCUCCAAACAAGCCAGAGGCAAGUACUCGUCCUAAAGCUCCCUUAACUGUCACUUUUGCUGGGGCUUAUGUGCUGGGGGAAAAUAAAGAGAGUAGCACAGGGUGGAAACCAUCUGGGUUUGGGAAACUUAGGAGAAGGAGCAGGAAAGGAGAAAGUCGUCUGGAGUCUGGCCACGGCCCUUACGGUCCGUCUUGGGCUCAGCGGCGUAAUUCAAAUCCCAGGAACAGGGUCAAUUCGAGCAGAGCUGUUUCCUUCGCCCCAGGUAGUCCCAUCGCUUUGGAGCCCCAUUUGCUGGAAGCAUCUGGUGGACUAAGGGAAUCACCUACCCCAGCGCUGCCUAUAAAGUCAGCCCUGAAGUCAAGUUCAAGAAAUCGUUCUGCUGCAGGUCAGUCCACAGUUCAGUUCCAGACCUCAAAUCAGGGAGGCGAGGAAGGAUCCCAGCAUUCUGCCCUACUGGACUCUCCAGAGGCAAGAAGAGAGUCUCCGAUGGUUUUAACCCAAGGGACCCCUGCAACAAGCAUCCCAGUGCCCUGCAUCAGGCCCUCCACUCUGAGGUACUCCCCAGCCCGGCUCGCCACUGACCUGCCAGCUGCUGAACACUGGGAUGCCACUCCAGAUGGAACAGCAGGUCUGAGUGGAGACCCUGGUUCUGGACCAGAGUGUCGUCCUGCUCUACGCGGCCUGGCUAUGUCUCGGGCUGAGGACCUCAGGGCAGAACUGCUGAGAGCAGAACAUCUGAAAGCUGAGGCCGUAUGGGAGGAAAACUCUGAUGGGUCCAGAAAGCUGGAUGGACGGCCAAAGCUCUUCCUGCGUCGCUUCUUUUCCUCCAUUGGUCUGAACAGUGUUGGUAGACUAGUGAAAGGAAGCCGCUCCAGCAGCAUGGAACAGCUCAGUAGUCCCACUGCCACCAGAGGCAGUUCUGCUUCCCCAAGCCCAACACGAAGACCGCAGCCUACCAUCGGCAUACAGAGGACACCCUCACUGCAAACCCUGCACACGGUGCUGCCACUGGCCCAACUGCGCAAAGCCUCUUCUGUGCAGAGUUUAGAGAGAAGAACAGAACGUUCAACGAUCCUGGGAGAGGUGCAAAUACCUUAUGGCCUGGCACCCAGCCCUGAUAGCCCUCAGCUCGAGCUUCACAGGGCCCUGAGUGUUGAAGAUGUACUUGCCUCCAGAAUGGUGCGUCCAGUGGGCCGGGUCACCCAGGCUUUCCCCAAUGGAAGCCUCCUCUUGGAGCUCGUCAGACCCCCAAACGGUCCCUUUGGUUUCGUCAUCUCAAGGGGCAAAGGUCGACCAGACACAGGUGUAUAUGUAGAGAAAGUGGGUGACGGUAGUGGCGAAGGCCUCUACACAGGUCUCCUCGGCAUCGGGGAUGAAAUUCUACAGGUGAAUGGAGAGGCAGUGGCUGGCCUCAGUCUGGACCAGGUGACGCGGCUCAUGACUCGGGAAAGCACCGCUUCUCUUCGUAUCAUGCCGGCCCGACGCAACCAACGCUGACUGGAAAGAUAAGCAGGGCACGGAGCCAUUUCUCCUGAAGCCAUGGAUAAUAAUUCACCACUGCAAACACUGCUCAUGGACUGUAACUAUAACACUACUUUGGUAGAUGUGAGAUAAUCAGUGUGUAUUUCAGUGCAGGUUCACAUAUCAAAAUGGCUACAUAGGAUAACAGAGUUAGAGCUAUAUUUCCUAUUAGUGCAAACCCAUGUGAUACAAUGUGACACUGCAAAGGACUUGGUUUAAAAUGACAAAUCAAUAAAAUAACCAAAUGAAAAAUGUAAAACCAAACAAAUCCAGUGGUAGAGAGGACUACUCCUACUAGAAACGGAAUAUCAGAGUAUUGUGAUUCUACUACGAAGUUAAGACUAGACAUACUGAUUCAAAUCCAGCAUGACUUGUUUCUGUGCAUAUGUUGUUGUUUUAUUAUGGUCACAUUUGGAUGAAUUGGGAUAAUUUCAUUCACAAAGUAGCCGAAUUUUAAACCCAUCUCCAAAAUACAAACAAAGGGAUGGCUAGAUUUAUUUUGACUCUAGUAUUUGUGAGUAUUCAGAAAAACAUCAACAACUCCAUUUCUCUCAUGUUUGAAUGGUGAUUUAUUUUGCUGUUUACGGCACACAGAGUUUGACCCCCUAAAUACUUAGUGAGUGAAACUGUAUUUUGUCACAUGUUUGAAAUCUGACACAGAUCUGUUCCCAUUAAUCCUGUUGAUUAUUUCAGAGGGCAUGUGUAAGGAUGUGCCACAAAUAUUAUUUUGCCCCAUGAGACUUUCAAACUAAAGGAGCUAUAUGCAGAAGCACAAAAAACAUUUAUUUAAAAAAAAAAAAUACAUUGCAACUGUGUCACAAAAUGUCUAAACAAAAUUAAUCAUCUCCCCUUUUUUUCAAUAGAUUAUAUUUCCCUGGGGCUUUGCAUGAUCCCUUCAUUUUGCUUUGUCGCCUAUUGCUUCAUGAAAUUGUUACUGGUUUGCUUCUAAAUAAAAAAUGUUUUAUUUUGUCAAA